CUUUGCAAUUUUUCCAGAACCAAAAAAAAAAAAAAAAAUAGUCCGAGACUCGUCACCUACCUAGCGAACCAGAGCCACCAAACGAACCCGACCCGACCCAACUCACCCGCUGGUGCACCAAUCACAACUUCAACCCCUUCGCCGAUCCCAUCGACUCCCGAAGCUCCGACGGCGACUGGUUCUCCGACGCCGCCGACGACUCCGACCGUGACGUCAGCUGCUUCGUCACCGAUCUUUUCGACCGUCGCGACUCCGAUCACCCUAUCGGCGCCGACUGCGUUCUCGUCUCGGGUUCGGAUCCGUUCGUGACGGAAUUGGAGACCCAACGUGACGAUGGCGAUGAUCUCGGGUCAAAUUCCAAUUUGGGGCUAGGGUUUGGGGCCGAGUCAAAUUGUCAGGGAUCCGGCUCCGAAUUCGAUGACUUUUUAGCUCCGCAAGGGCUUAGGGUUGUCGGAUUGGAGUCCGAUUCGGAUUCGGAGAAUGAUGAAUUCGAGAGUAAUCGGGUCAGCGAAGGUAUCCAGUCGAUUUGGGACAGUAUUUUCAUGGAGGAGCAGAGAAAUGCGUAUGAGAAUUCUGAGUGGGAAGAGGUGACUGAGCAGCCGGAGAAUCCAAUUGACGGCGGAGGAGGAGGAGGAGGCGGAGUGGAAGAGCUAUCAGUGGCCUCUGGAUUCACUAGUGAAGAAGAAGAGAUCCCCGAAGGAGCGGUGCGAACCAUUGAGUGGGAAAUUCUACUGACAGUGAACAAUUUCAGGAGGAAUGUGGAUGAUGUGGAGCUUGAUAUAGAGACUGCCGAGUACAUUGAAGCGAUUUUCGGGCAGUUUGUGGAGAAUGCUAGCGCUUGUAAAGGCAGCCCUCCCGCGGCGCUGCGAGUUGUGGAAGACCUUCCUUUUGUGAAGUUUACGGUGGAGGAGCUGAGCAAGGAGGAGGUGGUUUGUGCUGUUUGUAAAGAUGAUAUAGUGUUGGAGGAUAAGGUGAGGAGCUUGCCGUGUUGUCAUUAUUACCAUCAGGACUGCAUUGUGCCGUGGUUGAGCAUUCGGAAUACGUGCCCUGUGUGUCGGUAUGAGUUGCCAACGGAUGAUCUGGAUUACGAGAGGAGCAGGGCUGCUCGUGGCUUGUCAUGGGAAUCACAGGUUAGGGUUGAUUUUGAACGGUUUGUCUAAGAUGUUAUAUGUCUAUAAUUGCUUUUGCUCCAUGUAAAAAGUGUACAUAGUGUUUUUCGGGCAAUGUCAUCUCAGAGUGAAAUUAAGCCUGUUGUAUAGCCGUGAGUUGUCAUUGUAAUAAAUUGAUCUGGAUGUUACUUUAGGUCUUGUUAGUUGUGUUCGUGCACUAACCUCUCAAGGAGGGAUAGUGACCAUUAAGUUAGAGAAGAUGUAUAGUUGUCAUCUAAUCUACCUGAACUAAAUAUAUGAUACUCAAAAUUUCGUUGUUA